AUGCCUCAUUUCAAGCCUCCUGAGCCGUUUGAUUUUUCGAAACCUCACGAGUGGCCCGAGUGGCGACAGCGUAUGCUACGAUACCGCACAGCCACCAAACUGAGCGCAGAGACCGGAGCAAUUCAAGUAAGUUCAUUAAUUUACGCUAUGGGACGCCAAGCUGAACAGAUAUUUAACCCGUUCACGUUCCCUGCUCCCGUCGAAGGUAACGAUCCUAGGGACAACUUUGACACUGUCUUAGAGAAUUUCGACGCUCACUUUGUCCCCAAGCGGAAUCUUAUCCACGAAAGAGCAAAGUUCCAUGCACGAGCACAAAACAGUGGGGAGACGAUAGAAGAAUAUGUUAGAGCCCUGUACGAACUUUCCGAAUAUGCAGACUUUAAGGACCGAGAUGAAACCAUAAGGGAUAGACUCGUGCUAGGAGUACUGGACAAUGAACUGUCACAGCGCUUACAACUCGAGGCAACUCUUACUUUGAAAUCAGCCAUCGAAACAGCACGCCAUUUCGAGCUCGUAAAGGGUCAGGUCAGUAGCCAACGUCAGCUAGGUGCAGCAGUCACAGUAGAUUCAGUACGAAACGGCCAGAGGGGAUAUUCGUCGCCUGCUCACCCCAAGGGUAGAGGCGGCCGAAGAACAAGUACACACUCACAACACAGAGGCAGCCAUGCAUCACAAUCAACUUUCUCUAACUGCGGUAACCAUGGAAGAGGUCAUGCCCAAAACAAUUGCCCAGCGGGUGGGAAAACUUGCAGGAAAUGCGGCAAGCGCAAUCACUUCGCAACAGUCUGUCGCAGCAGCAGCAGCCGCAAUGUCAACGAAAUCACCGAAUCGGAAACUCCUUCGUUCUUUUUAGGUGCUGUUGACAGAGACUCGGACAGUAAUGUCGUUACCGAUGUAAACUUCGGCGAAGUUAGCGAGCCACCAUGGCGCGUUACACUGAACCUUGGAGGGAGAGCUACAUCCUUCAAGAUAGACACAGGGGCCGAUGUUUCGAUAAUGUCGAAGGCCGUCUACAACCGUCUCAGUCCUCGUCCAAAGCUGAAAACAACGUCUGCAGUUCUUCGCAGUCCUGGUGGGGUCAUAAGGAGCGUGGGAGAAUUUAUCGCAACUACGCUGCAUAACAAUCGCAACUUUGCGUUCCGUGUUUUCGUCCUUGACGACGACACCGACUGUCUUCUCAGUCGCGACGCCGCAGUUCGUCUGGGACUGAUUUCUCGAGACAGAAUAGACUCUGCCAACCUCGUGUUCGGCGAUGUGGGACCUAAACCUAUACGCUGCGAGCCAGUGAAAAUCAUCUUGAAAGAAGAUGCACAGCCAUACUCCGUGAACGUCGCACGUCGGAUUCCCAUUCCACUCAUGGACGAAGUCAAAGCUGAACUAGACCGUAUGGAGGCCGCAGGUGUCAUUGAGAAGAUCAGCGCUCCAACUGACUGGUGUGCACCCAUGGUCCCGGUCAGAAAAAAGGUCUGGUAG